GGAAGCCAAUGAGGCGUUGCAAAACCUGGUGUGGAUACCAACCCCACGGUGCAGCCCAGAAGAGCUCACGGGAUUACAAGGCUCUGAGCUCCUCAGUGAAUUCAGGCCUGGCAGUUCCGCGUGAGCAGCGCAAAGCAUGGUGGGAAGGCGCACACUCUCCUUGUUGCUGCUCCUGCUGAGCUACGCGCUCUUUGUGCUUCUGGGCGCCUUUGUCUUUUCCACGCUGGAGCAGCCCCAGGAGGAGCGCUUGAGGAGAGAAGUGGAGACCAUGUGGAGCGAGUUUCUGGCCGAGCACUCUUGUCUCUCCGAGGUGCUAUUGGAUGACUUCAUACGCAAGGCGCUGCUUGUCAAGAGUUUUGGGGUGUCGGUGUUGCGCAAUAUCUCCAGCCAUGAACUCAAAUGGGACUUUGUUUCUUCUCUGUUCUUCACUGGCACCACCCUGACCACCAUAGGUUACGGGCACCCAUUUCCAAUUUCAUUCGGUGGCAAGAUUUUUUGUCUGGCGUAUGCAAUAUUUGGAAUUCCCUUUACUCUAUCAGUCCUCUCUGUCGUCGUUCGGAACUUGCUGAUCCUUCUUUGGGAGAAGCCAAUAUACCAGCUUCAGCAUCAGUGCAGUAUGUCCAGGAAAAAACUUGAAUGGAUGCUUGCUUCAGUUUUUAUUUCCUUUACAUCUCUGAUCGUCCUUUUUGUCCCAGCUAUAGUGUUUAAUGCUGUCGAAGAGAACUGGGGUUAUGUUGAUGCUGUGUACUUCUGUUUUAUUUCUUUAAGCACCAUAGGUUUGGGAGACUAUGUUCCCGGAGAAAGAAGCGGACAAAGGUUGCCAGUUCUGUACAAGUUGUUAGUCAUAUGUUACUUGCUAAUAGGUCUGGUUGCUGUAUUGCUUGUGGUAGAGGUGAUAAAGAACAUUAUAAACUAUAAUUACAUAUGCAGCCUUUUCUUGUUUGGAGGAGAAGAGAGCAGGAGAAACUGGGAAACUGGUUGCACUAUAACUUGUAAGCAAGACGGACCUUUAAUUCAAAAACACGAGGAAAAAACCAGACGACGUGUUCCACACUCACUUUCUCCAAAAAAUGAGACAUCAUAUGGCUCCAUCAAUCAAGCUUUCAGUUGAUCACAAAAAUAAAUGAAUACAAAUCUAACUGAUCUAAAUUUGUUUUGUUUUUCCGAGAUUGGAUAAUACCAAAUUGAUUAAGGAUUUUUGUUUUUCCUAUGUUUCUGGGAAAAUAAACUGUGUAUGACGUUUUGUUUAAUAGCAAAGGAUGAGCAUGAAUAAAUGUAUUUAGUGCUGCUAAUGGCUGCCCUCUCCUACUACAGACAUUUAUCUGCCUGAUUGUAUAUUUAAGUCUAUGAUAUGGGAUAUGGCUGGGCUACAGAAGGGUUAUUUAUACAAAUGCCCUAGUAUCAGUGGGUUAUAUUUGUUUGGAAAAACAGAGGGUUAUUUUAACGUAAUAGCCUAACAACUUUAAAUGUGUUCUUUCUGCAACUGAAAUCAAUUAUUAAAUUGCUAGACACAUUGGCAUAUAAUUAACUGACAUUAUUAUAGGUGCCUUUCACAUAACAUCACUUAUUUGCUAUUGCAGGUAAUAAAACUAUUUGUGAUAAGC